UCGCUUCAUUUCCAAUGUAUUGAACAAAUCAGUGAUAUUUAUACGGAUCAACGAAACUGUCUGGUCACUGAAGUAAUUCAAGUAACGAGGGGGAUGUAAAAGUUCAUCAUCGUCCGAUUGAGAGUGGUUUGACAAUGUUACUUGGGUGUUUUGGGUUUCUUCUCAAUAUGGCGUUGUGUAUUCCAUUCACUUUUGCAUGGGAACAGGAAUAUGAUUGUGGAAAGACUGGCAAUGUACCAGGCAAGGAGAUAUGUAACGCCUGUGAAACAGGAACACACACAUGCGACAGAGAUGCCAUCUGCAUCAACACCAGGCGGCGCUAUAAGUGCCGAUGCAAGCCAGGUUUUUAUGGGACAGGGAAAAUAUGUGUAGAUGAAAAUGAAUGUGAUUAUGAGAAUGGAGGCUGUGUCCAUUUCUGUCAGAAUCAGAGUGGAAAUUAUACCUGCAGCUGUAAGGAUGGGUUCGUGUUGGAUAGGGAUGGACACAACUGUAUAGAUAAAAAUGAGUGUUUAGAAAACCUGGGAGGAUGCCAGGCCCAGUGUGUCAACACCCUAGGUAGCUAUGAAUGUCGGUGUAAUCAAGGCUAUUCAUUGGCUCCAGAUGGGCGUACAUGUCAGUAUGGAACAUACUGUCAAGAGAAUUUCCAAUGCCAACAUUUCUGCCACACCCCUUCCGGAAAACUGGUUUGUGGAUGUCGGGAAGGCUAUAGACUCGCUAGCAACACACUCGACUGCAUUCAGACGUGCGGAGCCGGAAAUGGUGGAUGUCAACAUAAUUGUACGGACACCCCGCUGGGUCCCACGUGUUCCUGUGCUCCUAAAUACAUUCUGAGGGACGAUAAUCACACAUGUAUUGCGUCCUGUGAAGUUAAUAAUGGUGGCUGCGAUAGGAAAUGUAUAGACACCAAGGCUGGUCCUCAAUGUUCCUGUCCGCGGGGUUUCAAAUUACACCAGGACGACAGGACUUGUCUAGAUAUAGAUGAGUGCCAGAUCGCUAAUGGAGGUUGUAGCAACGAUUGUGUUAAUACCAAGGGAGGAUAUGAAUGCGUGUGUCCGAAAGGCUUCAAAGUGCACGUGGACCAUCACACAUGUACAGAUGUUGAUGAGUGUGAACUUAACACAACCUGUGACCAAAGGUGUGUUAACACGCCCGGGACCUUUCAUUGUACCUGUAAGUCAGGCUACCAGCUAUAUGGCGUCACACACUGCGCAGACGUAAACGAAUGCGCCCAGAAUAAUGGCGGUUGCCAACACAUGUGUCGGAAUACAGACGGAGAUUUCACGUGUCACUGUCCAACUGGCUUCAAACUGCACACCAACCGAAAGGACUGUGUGUCUGACCAGACUUGUCUUCCCCUUCGUGCACCUGCCAAAUCGACAAUGACGUGUGUCCAGCAGGAUGGUGACCAGGUAUGCACAGUGAGGUGUGACGCGCGAACUUAUCCCACUAGCCCUAAGGAGGAGAACGUAUACAGAUGUGGAGCUAGCACGGGCUAUGAUUGGUUACAUCGGCUUUUGAAUCAGACGUUAUCAUCGUGUUCAGAAUCGGCUGAGGUCCCCGUUAUUAAGAAAACGGCAAGAAUUUUAUUCAUGGCGAGCAAAUGUCGAGUUCGGCGGAGCAUUCGGGAAGAGGUUCGACGGAAUAUAACUGCUCAGUUAGAGCUGAAGAAGUACCGUUGUCGUCGUAAAUGCAGUGUUAGCUCCGUCAACAUUGACUGUGAUACCCGGAAGUCACGCCGACUGGUCCAAGACCUCAAGGGGGCGCUCGUGGCGGCGGAUAUAGAAAUAGAAGUGGCUCCAUUAAAAACGAAAAAAAAAUGUGAUUAUAAAUGUACAAAAAAACGGACAGAACGACGAAUGAAGAAGUUAUUAAAGAAAAUAAAGAAGUUCAUCAAUAAAUCUCAGUUUGUUGUGAGUUACGACGGAGAAGGCCGUGUGGUAAUUAGAAAGUCGUUCAAAUACAAAAAGGCUGUAGCAUAUGUAUGUCCCGAAGGCAAAGUGAUGGCUGGUGACCAGUGUGUUGCCUGCAGCAUUGGGUCGUACUUUAAGCGGAAGUUAUCAGUGUGUGUACCGUGCUCAAGAGGGACAUAUCAGGACCAGGAAGGACAGCAUUCCUGUGUGAAGUGUCCCCGACGUAUCCCUGGUGUCGGCAUCCUUGGAGCUAAAAAUGUAAUGGAGUGUACAGUAUUAUGUGAGCCCGGAACUUUCUCCCAUGAUGGCCUCAAACCCUGUACUCCUUGCCAAGCAGGAACGUACGGACCGGAAUACGGACGCACAUCCUGUUUCCCAUGCGGAGGAGGAUUGACCACAAAUGGCAAUGGCGCUUCCACAUUUGCGGAAUGUUCUCCAAGAGUUACGUGCUCCCCUGGUCAUUUCUAUAAUGUCCAGACCCACACGUGCCAGCAAUGUCCAGUUGCAAGCUAUCAGCCUGAUUCGGGCCAAACCUUUUGCAACGCAUGCCCAGGCUCCACCAUCACGGAUUCCCCAGCAACGACCAACAGUUCCGAAUGUAAAGAUGCAACGUGCGGGGGUACGAUUGGUCGGUUACAGGGAUUCAUACAGAGUCCUAACUAUCCUGGGCAUUACCCCAACGAUAUUGAAUGUGUGUGGAGGAUUAAACCUAGUAAAAAACGCCGGAUACUCGUCAUCAUACCAGAGGUAUUUCUGCCGAGAGAAGACCAAUGUGGCGACAGCCUCGUUAUGAGAAAGUCAAAGAAGGCGUCGUCAUUGACAACGUAUGAGGCGUGCGAGAGUACCGAGAAGCCGAUAGCAUUUACCUCACAAACGCACAGACUUUGGAUUAAGUUUAAAUCAGACGGUCAGAACUCGGCAGCCGGAUUCUCCAUUCCAUUCGUUACAUAUAAUGAGGAUUACCAGCAAUUAAUAGAGGAUAUAGUCCGAGACGGAAGGCUGUAUGAUUCCUACCAGCACCAGUCGAUUCUCAAGGACAGAAAGAUGCUGAGUGUACUGAUGGAGGUGAUAGCCCAACCUUACCACUACUUCAAAUACGCUAACGCGUCUCGCACGAUGAUGCCAGAGUCUUUUAUAAAACUUUUGACAUCUAAGGUUACUCGGUUCCUGAGCACCUAAUUGCUCACAGAUUAAAUACGUGCUGUAGUGUCGUUUGUACGGGAUAAAGACCUACAAUUAUAACAGGAGAGGCAGGUACCGCUUUACGAGUCGCAAGAAUCGAGGAAGGUACCAAGGUGAAAGUCGCAGGAUGUGAGGAUUGGAAAGUACCACUUUGGGAAUCACGAUCGGUGAGGGAAAGGUACCACUUUGGGACUAGUUACCAUGAAGACAUUUGUUCACUUUGUGUAUAUGGAUCAGGACUUAAUAAAGACAUCGAGUUGCUUUCUUUAAAAAGAUAAUUUGGAAGAGGAGGUUCCGAACGUGAUGUGGUAGUUCGUUUGAGGAUUUUUUGUUGGAUCUUCCUUUCCAUGAUGUAAAUACUCGUACCUUCUAAAGGAUAUGUCAGUCGAUUGAUGUUGUAACAGGCGACUCCGUGGAGACAGAGUAGAUCAAAAUUUGUUAAUAUAUACCGAAACCGCACUUUGUAAGACAAAGGAAGGUUUUAUACGUGUUGUUUACCGAUUGUAGGUUAUAAACCAGUAACCAGGAUGGUUUGGAAGAUGUAUCAAUGGAGAACAUGUUUCAUUCGUCAAAUCUGUUUAACAACGUAUUUCUUUGGACGAUAUCUAUCACCAUGGAAACAAGAAAGUUGUAAUUGAUUGCAGUCAGAUGGACGAAGUGCAAUAAUUUGUUGUGUUGUGUUGGACCGAAGCGAAGACUCUGAUGGCCGUGCACGUCCCUCUAGAACUGUUCUUUAUGGAUCGAUUGGAUCUAUGAAUUGGUUUGCUCUAUGCCAUUACAAAGUGCUGCAUAUAAAGAUGCUCUAGAAUAUUGCUUUUAACAAACAUAGUGUUUUGAAAUAGUUAUAUAACAAAGAAUUAUGGUUUUUGGAUGAACUCGUCAAGACAUCAAUCUACAGACUAUUUCUCUUCUGAUGUACAACGUAGUAACACAAUAGAUAUUUGUGUAGUGUAUUUACAACAAAGAAGUAUAUGUGUGCUAGUUCUGUACUAGAAACGUAAGAUGCUAAUUUUCCAAUGUUAACUACAAUUUCGGUUUUGCGUAACCUAAUAACGUUUCCUCAUUACAAUGGAUAUGAGAAGGAUGCAUAUAUUGAGAAGAAAAUUAACUCAAAUCAUAAAGUAACAAUAUUGGUUAUUUUACAGCGAAGAUUUUUAUUCUCCUACAGGGCCAUCAUUAUUUGGAUUUUCUCUUUUUCUAACAAUUUUUGCUAUCAUUAAGAUUCAUGACAAGUUACAUGUUGAUAUUCCGAAAGAUCACAUUCAGACAAACCACGUGAUAAACAGUUUAAAAAAGUCGUGAUGAAAAAUAUUUUAGCGCAAUAUGAGGAUAUGUGGUUAGCUAUUGGUCAAUAUAUCAGGUUUUUGAAGAGGUUUUUAAAGAAAAAGCCUUAAAGGUAAGUAUGAUAACGAUCAUGUCAUUUUAAUUCUUUAUUUGUUUUGAUAAUGAUGAAUCAAAACAUUGAAAGCUUAAACACAAAGGCGUUGUUCUGUUUCUUAGGUUCAAGUAUAAUAUGAUCAAAUUCGCGACGUUUUAUCUAGACUUUGCACCCUAAACGCAUUUAAGAUUUUCAGAAUUAUGUAUGUUUAAUUUUUUUAUACAUAUAUUCAAAACUCAAGCUGCACAAAUCUGGGUAAAUAUUGGUAUACAUGUUAGAAACAUCUCUUUUGUCAGAAAAGAGACCGUAAUGGCGGCAGUUCAUACACGGUUGGGUUGUUUUGAAUUGCGUUUACGCUUUCCUAGAUUGGAUUAGCCAUAUCAUAUCGAACUCGAGGUAUUUGUUGUAUUGUUUUAAUUUAUUUCACUUUUGUGAGUUGAACUUUCAGUGUUAAAUGUUAACAAAUAGGUGUAAUUUUUGUAUCAUUAUAUCAUUGCUAUGCUGCGUCAUUUGCUGUUUUUUUCUAAUUUAUGUGCAUAUACUAUAUAUGUGUAUAUUUUGAAUAUAGACUAACUGUAUACUGCUCCUACAGAAAAAAAACUGAGAAUACGUUUUUAUUAUACGUUUAUUAUUCUGCUUACGGGAUACACACUACUGUUGUCAGGUAAGCUUUUUAUCAAUAAAUGUUUUGGUAGCCAAUGACUAAAAUAAUAAUUUAUAAUCGUCAACAUUUGUAUACAGUUUAAAAUUACCGCCACAUGUAAUGUCCACAAUGAAGGUAGAAUAGAGAAAUUUUAACGUUUGAACUAAAUAUCUUCUGUGUUGAGGUAAAGCCAGUUUCUGUUGUUUUCAUUCAUUAAUUUUAACUUAUGUAUUUCUGUUUGUAUACAUAUUAUGUGCAUAUAUAGAGAGAUAUUUAAUAUUGUUAGAUAUGUAUGCUAUCACUGUGGUACAACAGGAGCAGUUAUGGUCAAAAUGGCCAUGACUUGUACAAAUUAACAUUUAUUUCCUUUAGGUGCUUUCCAAGUAGUAGGUAGAAAACUAAGGCGUCAAUAAUAGUGCGUUGUUUAUGGUUAUGUAAUAAACAUGUAACUAUGUCGCAUCGACUUAAUGUAAAUCCUUGAGAUAGAAAUUUCAUAUUCAAAAUGACAUAAACCUACUCUUCAUAAUAAAUGCUUGUCAAGAGUUUAA